AGAAUGGUGCACAUGAAUGUCCUGGCUGAUGCACUCAAGAGUAUCAACGAUGCUGAGAAGAGAGGCAAAUGCCAGGUCCUUAUUAGGCCGUGCUCCAAAGUCAUUGUCAGGUUUCUAACAGCGAUGAAGCGUGGUUACAUUGGCGAAUUUGAAAUCAUUGAUGAUCACAGGGCUGGGAAAAUUGUUGUGAACCUCACAGGCAGGCUAAGUAAGUGUGGAGUGAUCAGCCCCAGAUUUGAUGUGCAACUCAAAGAUCUAGAAAAAUGGCAGAAGAACUUGCUCCCAUCCCGUCAGUUUGGUUUCAUUGUACUGACAACCUCAGCUGGCCUCAUGGACCGUGAAGAAGCAAGACAAAAACAUAAAGGAGGGAAAAUCCUUGGAUUCUUUUUCUAG